ACACUCCCUCAGAGCCAAACCAGAACACAACUUUGCCACAUCCACAUCCUGAGAAACAACAUGAGUGUAGAAAUCCUUGAUGGCAAGACCGUCCAGAGCUUCGUCGAGGACGAAGGCGCCUUCCACUCAUCCGUGGACAGCCGGUUUGCGGCCCUCGACACCAACCAUGAUGGCCUGCUGUCGUACUCCGAGAUGGCCCAGGAGCUCAUGAGCCUCAGGGUUCUUGAGAAGCACUUUGGCGUUGAUGAGUCCGCCAUGAGCCGUGGUGAGCUUGUCGAGCUUUACCGUGGCCUGUUUGCGAGGUUCGACCGAGACGGCAAUGGCACGGUGGACCUUGAGGAGUUCCGGGCUGAGAUGAAGGAGGUGAUGCUCGCUGUGGCUAACGGGCUCGGCUUCCUGCCGGUGCAGAUGGUGGUCGAAGAAGGCAGCUUUCUGAAGGUGGCUGUGGACCGGGAGCUGGCCAAAGCAACUUGAAGAAACUGCUUGGAACGACUUUCCAGAAUCAGGAGGCUGCAUGUUCACGAAUUGUAACUUUUAUUCUGCCAAUUUUGUUGUGCUACAACUACACCGGUGCUAGUUAUUUGUACUUAAUAAGUGAAACAGAAGCCACAACAUCAGUUUAAUUUACAAAAUGACAAGCUAUUUAUGUAAAGGGAAAUGUUGUAAAUCUAUGUUUGUGGAUGCCUACCAAACUAGCAGUUUUAGAAUUUGGGUGUUUUGUUUUCACUCCAGAAGCUGAUUAUGUUAUGACGACUGAAAAUUCAGAAACAAUAUGUUCAGAAGAGUCACCAAGAAGAAUCAGAUUAACACAAAUUGAAUCAACCGCAUAUAUCAAAAUUCAAGAAAGUGCAUUUCAAUUCAACACCACAUGUUAGUACGAAAGAGAAGUUAACAGAGUUUUGCUACAAAGAAAUUAACUGAAGAAAAGUAUGCACCGAUUGCAGAACUGGUAGCAACUUUACAUUACCAGCACCAGAGCUAACACUGUCAGAAUAGCUCAUCAACUGAUAUUGUGUUGUCUUCCGUCUGCUUCAUCUGCUACUCACAGGUCUCAUGCAUAAUUUACUCAACAUGCCGUUUCUAGACCUGCAGAAUGUAAGCCAUUGGACGAAAGAAGAACCCAUGCUGCCCUUUCUGAAUAAAGUUUAACACCUCCCAAAAUGUUCUUUUGCUAAUAGAUCAAUCCUGAUGUGCAAUUUGGCACCUGCAAAUUUAGGUAUAACAUACACCGCCAGUAAUCCAGAUCCAUGCUCUGGAUAACAACUUCAAAAACUUGAAGAACUGUUAGAUGAUGGCAACGAAGAACCGAGCCAUAUACUGCUAAUACUGCUGCUGUGGCAUUGUCCGAAACGCCAAUACAAUCGCAACCCAUGAGCUCAAUCGUUCUUCUCCUCGAGCUCACCUUCAAAAGCAUCAUGAUUGAUCUCCAAUGGAGAAUCUUUGAUCUCCAAUGACCUCAGGAAGUUAAAGUAGGCAUACUUGAUGUCAAACUGCAUGUCAUACCAGUAGUUGACGGCAAUGGUGAGACCGUUAGGCCCGGGGCUCUGGCUGACAUGGUGAAACCACAUGCUCGGCAAGUGGAGCAUCUCGCCGGCACGGACGGUGCAACGAAUCGGCCUCGGCCCUUUGAAGUAGAGAGGGCAGGCUGAGACCUGCGCCGCCACCUCCUCCGGUGACGCCGGGUACGGGUCCACGCUGCUCCAGGGCACGACCCUCUCGGGCUCUUCCAUCUCCAGCUUGAGCUUCGGUACCUCCUCCCCUUCCUCGACCGGGACGUAGCGGGCGGCGGGGUAGUCGCGGAUGUGGAGGCGGUGGUGCUCGGUGGGGGGCAGGAGGAGGAAAUGCUUCUCGCCGGAGAGGACGACGUAGAUGUUGUCGUAGUGGUCCUUAUGGAAGGAGGUGACGGAGCAGGAGUUGCCGAUCCAGAGGUUGACGGCCUCGGGGAGGCAGCCGAGCGCCUCGCUGGCCCAGGGCACGUGCGCGUCCACGUCGCCGGCCACCGCCGCGUACUCCCCGCGCAGGCAGUCGUCCUGCUGCUGCGCGUACGCCACCAGGCCGGCGGCCGGGUCGGAGUCCCUG